GACGCUACUUCUAAUUUGUACGCGGUCGUUCGAGGACAGAUCUGUUGUCGUGUGAUCGUUAUUCAUCAAAGAACAAAACCGACAUGUCAUCCACAGAAGAGUACGCUGGAAGUUGAUAAUCGACUUGCAUAUACACUUUGACCUGGCGCCAAAUUUAUAAUUUGAGUGGAGAAUCGAUGGCGAAUUCGCGGCCGGAUUCGAAAAUUUUCAGCGUCCGAAUCGUAUCGAUCGAUUACUACAUGGCACCGCCGAUCCCUAACACCGAUAUUUGCUAUAGUAGCUUUCAAGGUGGAAAGGUGAACGAGGUUCCUGUUGUAAGGGUUUAUGGCUCAACUCCUGCUGGUCAAAAGACUUGCUUGCAUAUUCACAGGGCUUUUCCCUAUUUAUAUGUCCCAUGUUCAGACAUACCACUUCAUCCAGAUCAAGAAGGUGAUUCAUACACAAAUGCAAUUGCUCUUGCCCUUGAGAAAUCCCUGAAACUUAAAGGUAAUUCUGGUUCGAAAAGACAGUAUGUGCAUGGCUGCAGUCUUGUCCGAGCAAGGAAAUUUUAUGGUUACAAUUCAUCAGAAGAGUUGUUUGUCAAGAUAUACCUCUAUUAUCCACAUGAUGUCUCUCGUGCUGCUAAUCUUCUUCUGGGAGGAGCAGUUCUAGAUAAAAGUUUGAAGCCUCAUGAAUCUCAUAUCCCUUUCAUUCUCCAGUUUAUGAUUGACUACAACUUGUAUGGAAUGGGCCAUGUCCAUCUAUCAAAGAUGAAGUUCCGUCAUCCAGUACCUGAUGUUUUUAUGCCAAGAAAAUUUAAUUGCAAUAGCCAACAUGGACUGGAGAUGGCAAAGGUUACUUGCAUGUCCACUGAAUUUCAGGCAGGUUUGAGUAGUGGUGAGUCCUUCGAUUCUCCCUUUUGGAUAUCUUCUACUAUUCCAGGUGAUUGGAUGUGGAACUUUUCCAGUGAAUUUGAGGUGCCGUCAGAUCAAGGUCUUCACCAGAUUAAACGUCAAAGCAUUUGUGAACUUGAGGGAGAUGCAAUUGUAGAUGAGAUUUUGAAUCAGCAAUUCAAAACAUUUAUAUCCCCUUCUCAAAAUUGUUCAGACGUAAAGAUGGUGCAAUCCCUUAUACCCAUCUGGGAGGAAGAAUAUGAAAGGACUGGGGUGCAUGGGGCAGCUAUGCCACCUGAUCCUGGAAAGCCACUUGCUGAGGACGUUUUGAAAACUCUGUUCCAUGUUCCUGAGUUUGAGAGAAAUCUUUUAGAGUUGUGCAGUAAAUCAAUAGUAGAAAACUUAUCUUUGAUGGGGGAUAAUGUAAAAUUUCAGCAGUCAUCGAUAUCUUCAGCUAAUAAAGAAAAUUUGGUUGAACGUGGAAUCAUCAAUUCUAACAGUAUUGAUGAAGGACCUCAGAAGUUUUACACAAAAGGAGACGCUGUUGGGGUUUCAUCACUUAUGGGUUCUUCAUGUGACGAUGAGUUAGACACUACACCUACAGAAAGGCAGGAUGCAGAAUCUGAAACAAAUGAAACAUUGGAUCCAAAGACUGCAGAUACAGAAGCUUUGGGUCUUUUGAGGUGGCUUGCCACUUCUCAGGCUGCUGAAGAUAUAAACUCUGAUGAUGAUCUUGUUCGCGAGACCAUUCUAAGUCCAUUGUUACUUGCAAGAACAAUUGAGAACGUGCUGGAGAAAGCCAAUAUGGAGUAUGAGAGUGAGUCUCAACAAGAGUGUCAGGACAUUCUAGAUUCAAUUGAGGAUUUGAAGGAGACAGCUUUGCGUUCUAUUGAUUGUAUCAAUCAUAAUCAAACUUCAUCAGAAACUCAUCAAGGGGAUGGUUUGCUCUCAUCUACUUCCAGAUCUUCUGGAAAUUCAUCAAAGAUAGAGAUGAAAGACGAUUCCAAAAGGUAUUUUCAACACCAAGUACUGCAGACUACUAUCACGCAAGUUACUAAUAAGCGCAAAAGGGAGAAAUCAUUAUGGGGCUCAUUACCCUUCUCCAUGACCCAAAAGGGGACCGAUGAAUCAGAAGCUGUUUGGUCCAACAUAGCUGACGCAUGUGUUGUUGAAGGUCAAGAUUGCAUUGGCACAUCCAUGCCUAGAAACGAAGGGGGGAAACAUUCUGAUACUCCAAUGAAAAAUCCUGACACAGAUUUUUGUCAAAUAGGUGACUUAGUUGGAUGCUCUGUGCGGGACUUAAUGAGAAGAAAGCGAUGCCACCGAAUAGCUCAGCAGGAAUGUGGAAAUAGUGGGGUCAAAAAAGUUUGUGCAGUAGGGGAACACGAACCAGACAAUAUUCUCAUGCCAAAUCAAUUGGAUUUACAUGCAGUAAAUGAAGAGCAUGGCAACAAACCUCUUGGGUCUGCCAACUUUAGGCCUUCAAUAACUGACAAACAAACAGAAUUUCCUGAGGGUUACAGUUUUAUAUCUGUUCAUCCUAGUUGUCACACAUAUGUGGAAGCACCUUAUGUAUCAGGCAGUGGUGGUGCAUUGCAGCAUAGUACUCAUCCUUCUUUGGUAGAUACAGGGAUGAAAGAAUUACAAACGCUGGAUAAGUCCAACAGCCAAGAAUCUGCAAUUGCCAUGUACCAUUAUGAAAUGAAUAACGGUGAAGACUUUGACUGCAAAGGUGCAACCUCAACCGAUGCUAUAACUUCUAAUAUCUAUAGAUCCAGAUCAGAUUCUUUAUCUGACAAUUUGUUAUGUAAAGAUGUUAAUUUGGUCAUUGAGCGAGUGGAGCCAAAGGAACACAUCGGUCCAUACUCUUUGUCAGCUUCUCUUAUUGAGCAUGAGAUGUUUGUGAGAGAUGAUAAUGAGCCAAAAAAUUGCCACAAAGGCAGAAUUUCGGUGGCAAAAUGCAAUGAAAUUUCUAAUGAAAAACCUAUGGGCAAGCACAUGUCAGCUGACACCGCUGUUCUAGAGAAUGUAAAAAGUUGUGUUGCUAAAUAUGGUAGAGAUCCAGGUUUCUUGGCACUCGACAACUCCAGAUCCAAGGUUGUUAGCAUGGAAGGAGUGUCUGGAAGCUUAAUUGGCAUGACCUUCAACAAGAAACCUCCCAUCGUGGAUUGGAAAGAUGGAACAUGUGAAAAUGCUUCAUGUAUAGCUGCUGUAUCUUGUCACACUUCUCUUAUUAAUAAGUACAACAAAAAUGAAACUUCAGGAAAUGUGUUGGAUGAACUUCUCCCAUUUUUUGAAGAGGACUGUCAAGAGAAGAAAGUAGUUCAGAAUGAUUCACUUUCAAACGGUGACUUAAAUGUUGAGAAAGAAGCUAUCAUGGGUGUCCCAACCCACCAUCAAAAUGACGGUUCACUCCUGUACCUUUUGACACCCAUUUAUUCACCCCCUUCUGCAGAUUGUGUAUUUAGAUGGUUAGCAGGUGAUAAUAAAGAUAUUCCUGGAGAGAGAAAUGCAUCGUCAGCAGAGACUUUACCCAUUAAAGGGUCUCCUGAGAUGGGUUCACAAGGUUCUUCACCUGUUUGUGGUAACAAGGUUUCAAUGGAAUCAGGUUCUUUAUCUCACUUGAUACCUAUACAGAAUCAAGUGCAACAAGAAAUACAUCAAAAUGAUAAUUCGGAGCCUAUUCAUAGCAAGGUUCAAAUGACAUUGCAUGGUGAACGAAAUAAUGUAAACCUGGAUGCAUGCACUGAUGGCUCUGUAGAUUUAUCUCAAAUUUCAGGCCCAAAUGGAAGAUCAAGGCCUACUCCCCUCAGUCAAAUUGGAUUUCGUGAUCCUGCUAGCAUUGGUGCUGGGCAGCAACUAACCUUGUUAAGUAUAGAGGUUCAGGCUGAAUCUAGAGGAGAUCUCAGGCCAGAUCCUCGGUUUGAUGCUAUCAAUGUAAUAGCUCUUGCUUUUCAGAGUGAUGGUGAUCCUGCUGUUGAGGUCUAUGUGCUUUUACAUAGUCAUACAGAAUCUUAUCAGAGGAGUUCUGAUGGAAUAUCUGUAAAUAAGGUGCUUUAUUUCUCUGAGGAAAAGCAUGUAUUUAGCUAUUUUAUAAGGAUCUUAGGUUCAUUUGAUCCUGAUAUUUUAAUGGGUUGGGAUAUUCAAGGUGGUUCUCUUGGAUUUUUGGCUGAGAGGGCUGCAAAUCUUGGUAUGGGCUUGCUUAAUAAGAUUUCUCGGACACCAUUAACAGCCAAUAUAGAGACUGGGCCAACAGAAAUUUCUGAUAAGGGAGAGGUGGAUAUUAUGCUGCAUGAGCCAUUAAUUGCAGACUCUGGUUUGGUAGAGCAGGCAGUAAUUGAAGAUGAAUGGGGCAGAACUCAUGCCAGUGGUGUCCAUGUUGGUGGCAGAGUUGUCCUUAACAUAUGGAGACUGAUGCGUGGUGAAGUUAAGCUUAACAUGUAUAAUGUUGAAGCUGUUAGUGAAGCUGUGUUAAGACGAAAAAUUCCAUCAAUUCCAUAUAGAGUAUUGACAAAAUGGUUUUUAAGUGGUGCUGGACGAGCAAGAUAUAGAUGCAUUGAGUAUGUGAUUCAGAGGGCAAAGCUGAACCUUGAGAUAAUGAAUCAACUUGAUAUGAUAAAUCGUACUUCAGAGCUUGCUCGUGUAUUCGGCAUUGAUUUUUUUUCUGUUCUCUCACGAGGCUCGCAGUACCGCGUUGAAUCUAUGAUGCUCAGACUGGCACAUUCACAGAACUAUCUUGCCAUUUCUCCUGGGAAUCACCAGGUUGCUUCUCAACCUGCGAUGGAGUGUUUACCUCUAGUAAUGGAGCCAGAAUCUGGUUUUUAUGCUGACCCAGUUGUCGUCUUGGAUUUCCAGUCUCUUUAUCCAUCAAUGAUAAUUGCAUACAACCUUUGCUUUUCCACUUGUCUCGGAAAUGUUACACCUUCAAAGGCAAAAACGCUAGGAGUUAGUUCGUUUUCACCAGAGCCACAUGUUCUAAGGGAUUUGAUAGAUAAAUUACUGCUCACUCCAAACGGAGUUAUGUAUGUGCCUCCAGAGGUUCGUAAAGGUGUACUACCCCGUUUGUUGGAGGAAAUAUUGUCAACCAGAAUAAUGGUGAAACAAGCAAUGAAGAAGUUGGCUCCCACAGAACUAGUGCUUCACAGGAUAUUUAAUGCAAGACAGCUUGCUUUGAAGCUGAUAGCAAAUGUAACCUACGGUUAUACUGCUGCUGGAUUUAGUGGUCGCAUGCCAUGCGCUGAGCUUGCUGACAGUAUUGUUCAAUGUGGCCGUAGCACACUGGAAAAGGCUAUUUCUUUGGUAAAUGCAAAUGAUAAGUGGAAUGCUAAGGUUAUAUACGGUGAUACUGACAGCAUGUUUGUCCUCCUGAAGGGACGCACUGUUAAAGAAUCUUUUCAAAUUGGGAAUGAGAUAGCUUCUGCUGUAACUGCCAUGAAUCCAAAUCCUGUCACCUUGAAAUUGGAGAAAGUCUACCAUCCAUGUUUCCUUCUUACGAAGAAACGCUAUGUUGGCUACAGCUACGAGAAUGCAGACCAGAUUGAACCUGUCUUUGAUGCCAAAGGUAUUGAGACUGUUCGCAGAGAUACUUGUGGUGCAGUUGCAAAAAUGAUGGAGCAGUCAUUGAGACUCUUUUUUGAACAUCAGAACAUGUCUGAGAUUAAAGAAUAUUUGCAGCGUCAAUGGACUAGGAUUCUAUCUGGCAGAGUUUCUAUUCAAGAUUUCAUUUUUGCAAAAGAGGUUCGAUUGGGCACUUACAGCACAAGGGUAUCUUCAUCACUCCCACCAGCAGCAAUUGUGGCUGCUAAAGCUAUGAGAGCAGAUCCCAGGGCAGAACCACGGUAUGCAGAGCGAGUGCCUUAUGUUGUGAUCCAUGGUGAACCAGGUGUCCGUCUGGUUGAUAUGGUUGUGGAUCCAUUGGAGCUUUUGGCUAUUGAUUCUCCUUUCAGAUUAAAUGAUAUAUAUUACAUUAGCAAACAGAUAAUUCCAGCGCUGCAGCGAGUAUUUGGACUUCUUGGUGCUGACUUAAAUCAGUGGUUUUCAGAGAUGCCUCGACCAGGAAGGGAUGCUUUUGCUAAGCGCCAAUCAUAUGCUUCGAAUCCCCAACGCACCAGAAUUGAUUUUUACUAUCUUUCGAAACAUUGUAUGCUCUGUGGUGAGUUGGUCCACACAUCAACACAUAUAUGCAAUAAAUGUUCACAGAAGGAAACUGCUGCUGCAACAGCUGUAAUUGGAAGGACAUCAAAAUUGGAGAGGGAGAUGCAACACCUUGCUGCUGUAUGUCGACAUUGUGGAGGUGGGGAUUGGAUUGUGGAAAGUGGGGUCAAGUGCAAUUCGCUUGCUUGCUCAGUGUUCUACGAGAGGCGUAAAGUUCAGAAAGAACUACAGGGUCUCUCUGCUGUAGCUGCAGAUAAAGGUUUCUACCCCAAGUGUAUGCUCCGGAUACUAACCUUUCUUUCUCAAAAAAUGGCGCAAACCCCAAUCUCUUUCCUCCUCAUGAGACGCAUAAUUCAAAACCCCAAAAACCCUAAACCCGCAUUCUCUUACCCACUUAACCUUUAUCGAAAUCUCUUCCUUAAACCCUACUCCACUUCCUCUCCCUUACCGGAUACCCCAAAGCCCUCUUCUCUCUCCGCCCGCAUGAGCUUUGUCUUCGAUCAAAUCGAUGCCAUCGAACGUGAUCGUGCCCAAAAAGAUGAAACCCUCAAAAAAAUCCGAGCUUGGCGCCAAUCCAAAAAUACCGUACAGCGCGAGCAACAAAACCUAGAAACCGUAAGUACCCAAAGUUCGGAAAUAUUAAGCUCUCAAAAUGAAUGUAUAGAAUCUGGAUUUACGGAUAAUAAUGAUUCUAGUUCAAAUUUGACGCCCGAGUCUAAUUAUGGUGAGCUAAAGAAGAAAACUGAGGUUGAGGUGGUCCAUCCGUGGCCUGAAUGGAUUGAAUUGAUGGAGAGAUUGGUGCACCAGAAUUACUUUGACCAUAGGAGGAAAGAUGAGGAUAAAAUGGUUCGAGAAUUAGGUUUUAAUGCACAUGAGCUUGGAGAUGACGAUGUUGGAAUUGAUUUUAAGGAUUUCAAGACUGUACAGAAUGCUGUUGUCAAUUUUGGCAAGGACCGGUUCGAUAUCGUUAGGUCAUUGAAGAGGCAGGAUAUACAAGUUUUAGUUGGCUAUGGAUGCCCAAGUGCAGAUAAGAAGGUUGUUUUCUCUGCAAAACUUCUAAGGAAGCAUGUCCACCUUGAUGAAGGUGAUGUUUGUAGCAACUGCAGUUUGAGAAGCUCGUGUGAAAGAGCAUAUCUGCUAACCAACAAGGAGGAUGAAGCACGAACAGUAGAUGUAAUGCGGGUUCUGCUAACUUAUGGUUUUGAUCCCAUAAAUGGAUCAGUAGCCAAUAAGUCUCUUCUGAAACAAAAAUCACUAAAAACUGUAGUCCGUAAAUUACUUCAUGAGGUUGUAAAGCUGAGUGCAGUUCCAAUUGAUCCUAACCUUCCCCCUCCAGUUAUCAAAAAGCCCCCGCCAAAAGUGAAGCAACCUCCACCUCCUCCAAAGAGACGAGUUGGACGUGAUGAUGUUGAGAUGAAAAGGGGGGAUUGGAUCUGCCCCAAGUGCGACUUCAUGAAUUUUGCCAAAAAUAAAGUGUGCUUACAAUGUGAUGCCAAGCAACCAAAGAAACAGUUGCUUCCAGGAGAAUGGGAAUGCCCAGAGUGCAACUUCUUAAACUACAGGAGAAAUAUGACAUGUUUCCAUUGUGAUUGCAAGCGCCCACCUGAUGAAUUUACUGAAAACAGAAUGGAAGAGAGGCAGCAUGGUCGAACAAGGUUGGAGAAGGUUGCCAGCCGGCCAGAAGUUUCUAAUGCCUGGAAUUUUGACUUUGAUGACAAUGAAUCUGAUGGGGCAGAUGUUGCUGCUUUUGAAUAUGCAGAUCCUGCAGCAAUGAACAAUGACUCUUCUUUAGGUACUGCAGCUCAGGGAGGAAAUUUUAGAGGGUUUGACGAUGAUCUUAACAGAACCAGCAGAGUUCCAAGGGUUCAGGAAAGAGAAUAUUCUGAUCCUGGUCAUAAUAGACUUGGGACAGGGUUUGAUGAUUUUGAUGAUGAAGAUGAUGUUGACAGUUACGAGUUAGAUACUGAAAACAAUAGGCCUACAUUUAAGGAUUCUCGAAAUACUUUUUCUCAACAAGGGUACUCUGAAUUGGAAGAUGGUGCAGAAUCUGGUGAUGAUUUUCACACUCAUCCAAGGACAAGUCCCCCAUUUUACUCCAAGCCAUCUAAGCCUAUGCAUAAGAAGGCAACUUCCUCUGGUUCUGGAGAUGAUGAACUGGAUAUUGAUUCAGACGAAGAACUUUCAGUUAAUCCCAAAUGGAAAUCUAGUCAUGUUGCUGAUGCUAGACACAUGAACAGAGGCAGGGGCCGAGCUGGCCUAUCCAAGGCCAGGGGAUUGAGUUAUGGUUCAGAUGAAGAAAUUGUGCUUGAUUCUGAUGCAGAUGAUUUUGAUGAGGAUUUUAGCUCCAGCAAAAGGAAAGGAAAUAAACAGGGUUUUGGCAGAAGGAACUAUCAAAGAAGUUCCGACUUGAACUUUUCUGCUUCAGAAUCUGAGAAUGAUGAGCAAUUUUCUCGAGGUAAUAGGUAUGGAAGGAACAAAAUGGAAGUUGGUAGACGACAUGACAACUUCAAAGGUCGUGGUAAUAAUGACUUUGGAGGAGAUCGUUAUGGAAGAUCCAAUGGUAAGAUAGGGCGCGGAAGGAAAUCUUGGAAUGAUGACUUUGAUAGAUCUAAUAGUGUAAAUAGAGGAUUGCAUGGUAACGAUCGUUCUGGGCAGAGAACAAACAGUAGAGGCGGCAAAUUUCAGAAUUUCAAGGGAUCAAAACAAGAAGGAUUUCGAAAUCAGCGACAAGGAAAGUCCCGAGAUUAUAAUAUGGACAGGGAUAGUGAUUUCGGGGAGAUUAGAAAUAGCCGGCGAGUUAUUGAAAGGUAAUUUUGAUCCAAAGAUGAUUGUCAUCUCCAUACAUUGUUGAUUGCAAUGCUGAUUAUGCAGAUGACUAGCAUUUCAGCUCCCAAUUAUCAGCACGGAUUUACUUGUGUGAAAGUCUUUGACCCAAAUCAGGAAUUGUUAGAACGGUAACUGUGGUUAUCUCCCAAUCUGCAAUACAAAUUCUCCAUCAGAUGAAUGAAUAAGAAAUUUUAGGGCGUAAGCAGACUGCAACUAGCUGCUUCAUCCAGGUGGAACACAUGCCUGCUAUAUUUGCGCCCGUGUCAAUCAGAUUAGUGCAAGGAUAGCAUAUCGAAUUGGAUUUUAAGUUAGUCUGUUAUGAAAAUUCAGUCGGAGUGUAGGCACCUAGAAUUUUUGUUUCGUUUCAUGUAAUACAAGUUGAUUUUGGGUUCAUAUGUUGGGCUGCUGGUACAGUAACAUGGCAUAUUAUAUUCCUGCCACAGAAAUGCUGUUGAAGGAGAAAUUUAUGAUUGAUUUUGGACAAAAA